AUGGCUUUGAUGAGGGCCAGCUUGGGCCGACGCGAGGUUUUCUUCCGGAAGUCCGAUGGCUCAGUUUUGUCUGGUCCUUUGCAUUCGUACUGGCGACAAGACACUCGCCGGUGCUCGCCGGUCUUGAAGACUACGGAUCUGCGCUCAGCUUAUAAACAGUUUGCUAUCCGGCCUGAACACCAUCGGAUGUGCGUGGUGACCUUGAAGGAUCCAGCUGACGGCUUGACAAAGGGGUUCAUCUGCCGCGUGUUGCCGUUCGGGGCUUUGGCUUCGGUCGGGCAGUUCAACAGGUUCUCGAGGCUGUGGCAAAGGAUUCUCUGGGAGCUGAAGCUCGCUGCGGCGAGCUAUUUCGACGAUUUUCCGUCGGUGGAGGUCAGGGCCCUUGCCGAGAACCAUGACUCCUCCGUGAAGGCAGCGUUGCGACUUUUUGGAGUUGACUGGGCGAGCGACAAGGACCUUCCCUUCUCACAGACGGCCGACGUCUUGGGCGUCCGACUGGAUGCGACUGACACGGAGGGCGGAGUGCUGAGGGUCAAAAACAAGCCUGAGAGAUCCAAGGAGAUUGCCUCUUCGAUCGACAAGAUCCUUGCGGAUGGCUGUAUUGAUCCAAAGCAGAUCCCUUCUUUGUUUGGCCGGAUACAGUUUUCGGAAAGUCAGUUGAUGGGCCGACAGGGGCGCUUGGCUCUGGCUCAGAUUCGCUGGCUUUCGAGUGCUCGUCACCGUCACGUGCUAUCUUCUUUGGAUGCUACUGUCUUCAGAAGCUUGAGGGAGAGGAUGCUUGAGGGCCGGCCGCGCGAGCUCCAGGCUCUUCCCGUUGGUGGCCUGACUCUCGUCUUCACUGAUGGUGCAUGCGACAAGCUGGGCGACAAGUUUAGCUGCUCGAUCGGAGGUGUCAUGUAUCGGGUGCUUCCAACUGGUUCCUAUGAGACGAGGGCGUUCGGGUGCUACUUGGACGAAUCGAUCGUCGAGCAAUGGGCGGGACUGGGCAAGAGACACUUGAUAGGUCCCACCGAGCUUUUCGCGGUGGUGGCGGCCCGACAUGUCUGGAAAGAUUUUCUGAAUGAUCAGAGGGUCGUCUUUUACGUGGACCACAGUGGAGUUUUGUCGGCGAUGAUCAAAGGGUCUUCACGUGAUGAUCUCUGGAGGAGCAUUUUGCUUCACUACGAGUGUGCCGACUCGCUGGGGCCGGCGAUCUCGUGGUUCGCUCGAGUCCCAAGCAAGUCGAACCCAAGCGAUGGGCCUUCGAGGUCCGACUGGAGGUUCCCUGUGUUAGGCGAGUACUUUGAAGAUCGGAUUGUGUGCUUCAUCAGCGGCAGAGUUCUCAAAGUCACGGGGCAAAGAGUGCAGGGGUGA